CUCGCUUCCUCGGCCGGCGGCUGAUCUCCAUUUUCGAGACUCCGUUCUCGUCUUCGUCUUUCCUCCCGGCUCCCACUCCGGCUCUCCGUCUUCGGUCUUCCCCUUCCCAAAUCGGYGCUCCCUCUCCGUCUCAGAAUCUUAUAUAGCUAAAUGGCUGGAAACUUGAUCAAAUCUGUUGCAAAAGCUGUUGGUGAAUAUCAGUAUCCUUGGCGAGAUAGGUUGACAAAAUAUAAAGACGAGCUCUCCAAGGGUGUUUGGGGCUAUUGGCAUCUGGGGGCAUGGAAGCCCCUAGGGAUCAGUGCUCGACGUAGGGCCCGCCUUCGUAAAGAAGUUCUGCUAGCUGGAGAAGAUUGGCCCUACGAUCCAGAAAGGAAAGAGAUGAGGACAAAGAGGAAAGGGCACAAAUGUGACAGGAUAUCGGCAGAGAAACGAGCAAACACAGCUGAGUUGAUGAAGAAAAUGCCUCAGAUGUUGGCAGAUUACAGAAAGAAGAAGUGGGAGAAGAAGAUGAACGAAGAGGAUGCCGCCGCUAAGAAAUCAUAGGUUCGAAUUACUCUCACAGUCUCUUUUUUUUAUCUUCUUUUCUGGGUGUUCAUAUUCGAAUUUGAAUCCUGCUUGUUCUACUUUGGUGGGUUAUCCCGAGAAUUGCUGGUGGGUAGAUGAACAAUAAGUAUGUUGUCUUAUGGACAAAACCUUAGUUUUAAUGUUUUGAUUGUUGGAGGAAAAGAACCAGAAAGGAAGAUAUAGGAUUUCUCUUGUUGCAAAUUGUUGUUUCCAUAUUCUUUUGUUGCACACUAGUCUUGGCUUUUUUUCUUGCACUA